UUUGAAGGCGACACCACGACCCAAGAACUUGUGUCCGGAGAUGAGGAUUUCUGGCUCGGGAUGUUGGGCAGCGCUUCUGAAGAAGUGGCUGGAGCGGGCGAGACUUCCGGUCUAGAAUUGAUUUUUGCAACCGGAAAAGAGGAUGGUCUCGAAGCCCUUCUUGCUGGUGAUGCCUCGAAUUCACAUGAUCAAACGAAUGCGGUCUUUGAUGUUUUGGAAGAGGAUGAUGUGCGGGGUUUGGAUUCGUUGGACGAUUUCCCCGACUUGCGUGGUUCGUCCUCUCAUUGGGCCGGAACAUCAACUGAAUCUGGUGGAGACAAAGGAGCAUUUCAAGCGGUAUUGAGCCUUGCGUCUUCUCCCCGUCUUGAUGAGGGCGUGAAUCGCCUUCGAGCUAACACCGCCGAGGCAUCCUUUGAAGCGGAUCAACUGCGAGAGACUCUGAAGUCAUUGCGCGAAGGUCUGAAAAUAGCUGAUCGAUUGAUAACUUCUUCCGAGGCCGGUUUUUCAGAACAAUUAAAAGCAGCUCAAGAGCUUCAUAACGGGGAAAAAGCUCUACUUGAGGAACGGUGCGCCGCUUUGGAAAGAAAAUGUGCCUCUCUUGUGACUAAAUUGACAGCAAGCAAGGAUGCGGAGGCCCGAGCUGUUGAGUGUCUUAUGGAGUUUCACUCAAAUCCUCGCUUCGAUCCGUUUGAUUACAAUGUGGACUUGGCUGUGCAAGCUGCAAAGCUGGCGGGAAUGGAACAAUUGUUGUCCGAGCGAGACGCUUCCCUUGCGGCCAUGACACAAGAAUUGGCCUCAACUAAACUUGCGCUUGAGGAGGCACGUGCGAACUCGACUAAUCCCAUACGAGGUCCGGUUGCAAGCCAUUUUGCUAUGGAAGAUGUUCGGUCUCUCCUAGCCGUGGAACGAAGGCACGGUCAAGCGGAAGGCCAAUGCAGUUUGGCUCGGAUUGCCGCAGGGGAUGGGAUUAGUGUUGAGAAGUUACGGGAUUGGCAUUCGGCGUGCUCGGCUCACCCGAACUUAAGGAGAUUUCACCCUUGGUUCCCCUUCAGCUUGGAGGAAA